GGGCGUGCUGGAGCCUAUCCCAGCUGACUUUGGCCAGUAGGCGGGGUACACCCAGUCUGAACUGGUUGCCAGCCAAUCGCCCACAUCGACAGUCAACGAUUCAUCUUUGUAUUGCAGUUCAAGAAAACUCGAAAUCCUCAAGAUGUUUUUUGAUUCUUACACAAGAAACAUGGUGCAAUUCCAAAAGGGUUCCAUAGUCAUCAAUUAUUAGAAUUUUAACUUGAUUUGCGGUAAUGGUUGCUGGAAAUGGGGCUUUGUUGUCAGUAAAAAGUGCUUUAUUUAAAAAUGAAUAAUAAUUCUAAGUGAUGCCUAACUUUUGAAUGGUCAUGUAUAUUAUUUCAAAAUAUGCACAUUUGAGAUUUUUCAAACAAUUAUUUGAAAUGAAGCAAUGAUCAAAAAUGUAUUUAAGCUUCCCACUUUAUUUCACAACACAUUAUUCUGUCUAUUUCAAUUCUAUCAAUGAACCUUUCACAGGAAAUAAUAAGCAGAAAAGCAUGCCACUACCAAACACUAUUUUAAGUGGAUUACAGUACACUGUGAAAAGCACUUAAUGAGAGUGCACAUACUGUUUGUAUGAAGGCCUCGCAAGUGUGUAAUCUGACCAGACUGUGGAGCAACAGGUGGCUGCUCACAGGGGUUAACUGCUGAUUAAGGUCAGACUGGAGAUGGACACAUUCAGACGGGGCAAAAAAAAAAAAGCUUAUAAUUGGCCAGAUUUUGUCCGAAAAGCCAUCACAGCAGUCGGCUUUAAGUGUGGAGGCUGGAGAAUGUGACUAGUGUUGUUGUGUUUGACAGUACAGAAAACAGCAUGAUGCAGGUGUCAGCCUCUCCUAAUGGAGAUCACAGGAGGGCAUCGACGACCUGCAGCUUAUCGUGCUCCUCGAGUGCACGACGGAACAUGUGGAACAUCCUGCUGUUCAGAUCGCCAAGAGGACAUCUAGAGUCACACAACUAACCGAGCCAUCAAACAGGGAUCGUGUUUUUUUCCCACUUUUUCCCCCCAACUGGAUCUCUGGAUAUAAUCACUGUUUCAUCAAAUAAAAAAUAUGAAUGCUCCCGGUUUCUCCGUGAGAAGAGCCGCAGAAGAGUAAAAGAUUGUCCGCUGUUGAUUGAUAAGUGCAAAAUUGCUGCACAUGGAAGCUGAGUGGCAGCAGUGGAGUGAAAGUGAGGAAGACAUCGCCUCAGAGGAAGAAGGGACAACAUAUCAGGAGUGCUGUGUCAACGGCCAGAGCUGCCAUCCACGACUGAAUAGUGACAUUGAGAUAGUCAGGAGCCUGUAUUCACACAAUUCAGUCACUGUCGGGGAAUAUCAAUCAAUUGAUCAAGUGGAUGUUGAUCUGAACAUUAGCGCCAACAUUUUGAAUGAGGACGUGGCUAAGGCCUGGAGGGUUAAUACAUCAGAGCCCAUCGUUGUCCGCCUGCACUUCUCUUUGUCUCAAUAUCUCGAUGGGCCCGAACCGUCGGUGGAAGUCUUUCAGCCAUCUAAUAGACACCAUUUCAAUCUUGGAAAGCAACUGCAAAGCGUUUUAGCUGUCUUCAUCUCCCGGGAGUGGCACCAUUUGACGAAUGAGAACAUGAUAAUGAGACAGAGGAGAAGACACAGCUGGUUCAGGCCUGGUGGAACCAUGAAGAAAUUCUGUGCAAGACUCAGCAUCUGGCUGCCACUCUCGAGAUCAAACACACUCCAAGAUCGCAGCCUGAGGGGAAGGAUUAUUUUGCCCCCAAUGAAACUGAACCAUUUCGUCAAUCACACGACAUCCUAUAACAUCAAGAAUCCAUCAGGAGAACUCUUCACUUACACACCUGGUGGAAAGAGGGUUGCUGUGUCAAGCGUGAAGUCGUCAGCUCAGCUCAGCACCAAACAGCUGAUAGAGCUGCUGUUCUUCUCUCGGGCCAUAGGGCACUGUAAGACCACACCGACUAGGCAUCAUGGCUUCUUGGUUCAGGUUAUGAGGUACGCAGAGCAGAGAAUACCCACAUUGAAUGAUUACUGCGUGAUUUGUGACGAGAAGCAUGUUUUCCAGAAUGGUCCCAUGUUGAAGCCUGCCGUUUGCACCAGGGAACUGUGCGUCUUUUCCUUUCACACCAUGGGAGCGAUGUCAGGCGCCACAGAGGAGGUGGCCACCGGUGCAGAGGUGGUCGACUUGCUGGUGGCAAUGUGUCGGUCAGCCCUGCAGUCGUCACGUAAAAGCAUCAUAUUUGAACCGUACCCGUCUGUCGUUGAUCCAAAGAACCCCAAAAUGCUGGCCUUUAGUCCAAAGAGAAAGAGCUAUGAAAGGUUGGAAAAAGCUCUGGACAGUGUCCUGCUGGUUAGGAGCAUGACACAGGGUUCAUAUUCUGAUAUCAAAAAGCAGAUGGACAAGAUAGACCCUCUCGCCCUCCCUUUACUGCAAUGGAUUUUAUCAAGCAACAGAUCUCACAUUGUCAAGCUUCCCGCCACCAGGCAACUGUCAUUUAUGCACACGCCUCACCAAUUCCUGCUCAUCAGCAGCCCCCCGACCAAAGAGGCUCGUUUUCAAACUGCACGCAAACUCUACGGCAGCACCUUUGCCUUCCACGGUUCCCACAUUGAAAACUGGCAUUCCAUUUUAAGAAAUGGACUUGUGAAUGCCUCCAAUACUAAAUUCCAGAUGCAUGGAGCUGCGUACGGCAAAGGGAUCUAUUUAAGCCCAAUCUCAAGCAUAUCGUUUGGAUAUUCUGACAUGGGCAAGGGACAACACCAGAUACCCACGAAAGAAGAACUCCUGAAGAAAUGUAAUCGGAUAAAUAGAAUCCAACAAGAGCUCCCUUGCAGGUUUCUUCAAAGUAGGAACCUAAACUGUGUCGCACUUUGUGAGGUCAUCACGUCAACGGAUCUUAAAAAGCACGGGAACAUCUGGGUGUGUCCCAUACCCGACCACGUGUGCACACGUUUCCUCUUUGUGUAUGAAAAUGGUUGUGUGGGAGAUGUCCACAUCAACGCUCAGGAAGAAGAGAUCCAGAGUCAAAUUUUAGAGGUCAUUGCAACCAAGCCCAGCUGAAAAAAAGUACUGGUACUACAAAUCAUGGAGGACAUGGAAAAGUGUCAUUACACA